GGUCUGGCCGGGCUGGUCGGGCUGGGGGCGCAGUGGAGAAGGACGGGGCGGCGCCCGGCCGGGCUGCCCGGCCCGCUCACCUCGCCCUGGCGGCGCGCCCCGCGGGGACUCGCGGGGAGGGGAGCCAGACCCGCGGGCCUUUGGAUUCCGGGACCGCCCUCUCCCGCUCCAGGGCCAGCGGCGAGCGGCAACGACGGCUGGAGCCGCAGCGGCAGCAUGAGAGCGGGCGCCGCUGCUCCACGCCUGCGGACGCGCGGCGAGCGGCGGCGGCUCUGCCUGAGCGCUCCAUGGGGGCGCAGUGGGGCCGGGCGGCCGUCUGGCCGCGCGGGCUGCGCAAAGGCCGAGGGCUGCCACGGACCGCCCGGGCGCUGGCGGCCGCCGGCCUGCUGUGCACCGCUCUGGCCGCCUACGCCUGCUGGGGGCAGCUGCCGCCGCUGCCCUGGGCAUCCUCCGCCCCGCCGCGGCCGGUGGGCGUGCUGCUGUGGUGGGAGCCCUUCCGGAGGCGCGACAGCGCCGCGAGGCCGCCCCCCGACUGCUGGCUGCGCUUCAACAUCAGCGGCUGCCGCCUGCUCACCGACCGUGCGGCCUACGGGGAGGCGCAGGCUGUGCUUUUCCACCACCGAGACCUCGUGAAGGGACCUCCCGACUGGCCCCCGCCCUGGGGCGUCCAAGUGCACACGGCAGAGGAGCUGGAGCUGCGGGUGUUGGACGACGAGGAGGAAGCGGCGGCGGCGGCGGCUGCCGAAGCCCUAGCCGUCUCGGGCCCCAGACCCCCGGGCCAGCGCUGGGUGUGGAUGAACUUCGAGUCGCCCUCCCACUCCCCGGGGCUGCGAAGCCUGGCAGCUAAUCUCUUCAACUGGACGCUCUCCUACCGGGCGGACUCGGACGUCUUCGUUCCAUAUGGCUACCUCUACCCCAGGACCCAUCCUGGCGAGCAGCCACCAGGCUUGGCUCCGCCGCUGGCCCGGAAACGGGGGCUGGUGGCCUGGGUGGUGAGCAACUGGGAUGAGCGCCAAGUCCGGGUCCGCUACUACCACCAGCUGAGCCAGCACGUGCCCGUGGACGUUUUCGGCAAGGGCGGGCAUGGGCGGCCGGUGCCGGACAUUGGGCUCCUGCACACGGUGGCCCGCUACAAGUUCUACCUGGCCUUCGAGAACUCGCAGCACCUGGAUUAUAUCACCGAGAAGCUCUGGCGCAACUCGUUGCUGGCCGGGGCGGUGCCCGUGGUGCUGGGCCCCGAGCGUGCCAAUUACGAGCGCUUCGUGCCUCGCGGUGCCUUCAUCCACGUGGAAGACUUCCCUAGUGCCUCGUCCCUGGCCGCCUACCUGCUCUUCCUCGACCGAAACCCAGCUGUCUACCGCCGCUACUUCUACUGGCGCCGGAGCUACGCCGUGCACAUCACCUCCUUCUGGGACGAGCCUUGGUGCCGGGCCUGCCAGGCUGUGCAGAUGGCUGGGGAGCGGCCCAAGAGCGUACCCAACUUGGCUCGCUGGUUUGAGCGGUGAGGCCGUGCCCCCCUGGGGGUAACCCGGGAGGCCAGGUCGUCGGCGUUUUGAUCCUCUGCCGUGCAUCUCCUUGACUGCCGAAUCGUGCCGAACACCCAUUUUUACUCUAUGGGAAAAAAGUGAUUUACCAGUUAAUAUUAUUCAGCACAAAGACGGGGUGGGGAGGAUCCCCGGUUCUCAAGUUUUUUGCACAGCUAGAAGUUGGGCUCCCUUGGUUGUUGAUGGAUAUCAGUGUUGAGGGGUGACAAAGGGGGCCCUUUCUCACCCUGUAACCAGUGCAGAGGUGAAGAAGUAGUUUAGCUACAAGAAGACUGUUGAGUCAGUUGCUCUGAGUUGCCUCAUCUGCCACAGGCGUGUUUGUGGCCUGUGCCCAGUCCAAAUCUCAUACACACUACUCCUCAACUCAACAUUUCCGGGGCCAACGUGCAGCAAACCCCUGGUUUUAGCAAGAGCAUUGUUGCUGAAUAGUGCAAGGACUGUGGCCACAAGUGGGUCUUUCUCUUUGUUGGUUGAAUUCCUCAAAGACUCAGCUCCUAAGAAAGGUGAAGAGGGUGGUCCACGAAUCCCUUGGUUGUUCCUUAGCAAGUACUGUUUGUCCCCCUGCCCUAUGAAUGGAAACAAGAUGCUUGAUGGUCCUUGGAGAAGAUUAGGAUGAAUAUAUCGGUGUACCUCACUUUAUACAAAUGUAUUCCUGAAAAGCUGCUUUCAAAUCAAAUCCCAGAUUCACUGCUUGAUGAGAGUUCAGUAUUUAAUGAAAUCCUAUGGCAAAUCCCUUUACAAUGUGAAUAAUCAUCUCCUAAUUUAUUCCUUCUGUGUCUAUGUUUUUCUAUAACCUGAAUUUUUUAAAAAGCAUAUUAAAAUUACAGAUGUGGAAGUAAUGCA